CCAAGGCCGCCUUCCGGGCCGAGCUGACCGGGAAGCAGUUGUCGGCCGCCGCUGCGGUGACUCAUCGGCCUGGCCGCGUCCCCCGAGCGGGCCAUCUUGGUCGCGGUUGGCGCGGCACACCGAGCCGCGGGGACCCCAGGGCCCGGACGAGUCCACCUCCCGCCCAGCAUCGUGGCCUGCCGUGGAGGAGCCGCGUUCCCUGGCGCGAGACCCCCCGGCCCGCCUCGGCCUGGGCCCCGGCUGCUCCUCUCUAGGCCCCUCUGCCCCUGCUCGUCGAGCGGAGCCGACCCGGGUCUCCGCUGGGCCCACCGCGGCUUCAGCCUCCCAGGUUCUGGUUACACAGCCCCCACCUUCACCCACCCGUCGGUCUCAGCCUAGGGCUGACCUCUGGCCAUCAUGGUCCAGCCGCAGACAUCCAAGGCCGAAAGCCCGGCCUCGGCCGCUUCCAGCGCCCAGAUGGACGACGUUAUUGACACGCUGACCUCCCUGCGCCUCACCAACUCCGCGCUGCGGCGGGAGGCCUCUACCCUGCGGGCUGAGAAGGCCAACCUCACCAACAUGCUGGAGAGCGUGAUGGCCGAGCUGACCUUGCUGCGCACUAGGGCGCGGAUCCCGGGGGCCCUGCAAAUCACCCCGCCCAUCUCUGCCAUUACCUCGAAUGGGACUCGACCCAUGACCACCCCACCGACCUCUCUGCCCGAGCCGUUCUCCGGAGACCCGGGUCAGCUGGCAGGGUUUCUGAUGCAGAUGGACAGGUUCAUGAUCUUCCAGGCCUCCCGCUUUCCGGGCGAGGCCGAGCGAGUGGCCUUCCUUGUGUCCCGACUGACGGGGGAGGCUGAGAAGUGGGCUAUUCCCCAUAUGCAACCUGACAGCCCCUUGCGAAACAACUACCAGGGGUUCCUGGCAGAGUUGCGGAGAACCUACAAGUCUCCGCUCAGGCAUGCUCGGCGCGCCCAGAUCAGGAAGACUUCUGCCUCUAACAGGGCUGUGCGGGAACGGCAGAUGCUCUGCCGCCAACUGGCCGCAGCGGGCACCGGGCCCUGCCCUGUGCAUCCAGCCUCAAAUGGGACGAGUCCAGCACCGGCCUUGCCCACCCGAGCGCGGAACCUUUGAGAAUCCCCACUACGUUGGCGGCAUAUGCAGCCAUCCAGGUAGCAUAAGGUCUUUGCUGCGUAGAAGAAAUGUCCGUAAAACAGCAUCGCCCCUGUUUGAAGACAUCCCCUCCCACCUCUCCAGACCUAUAACAUAAGGAGAUCUUCCUUUAUCCCUUUUGGGUGCCCUGCUUACCCACCUUGCCGCGUUUCUUAUUAUGAUGUGCCAGCUUUGUGCCCACAACUCAUUGCAUGCUUCCUCUCCUCUGGCUUGCACCCCUCGCUGUUCUAAUGACUGCAGCUCUGCUACUCUGGCACACCUGACUUCACUGCUGAUGGACCACUCCCAGCCUGACUAGGUUCCUGGAGGCUGCUACUCUGCCCUCUGCAAGCCCCAGGGCAGCGUCCUACCUGGUUGCCCUGUUCUCACGGAUGAGUUCUGGACAGAAAGAAGCUGAUUUGGUCAGGCCAGUGGCUUGAUGGGUGUACUUGGAGAGGGGAGUCUGGCUUUCCACUCACAGGUGAUCAGCCACCAGCCCUGCCAGGGCCCAGUGUAUCAGGCAGGGGUCUCAUCCUUGCUGUCAGCGUCACUGCUAGGAAUGUAGUGGGGAACAAGCUUUA